GGGGGCUGAGCCGGGGGGGCCGGCGCAGGCAGCGUCACCCUCCUGGCUCCACCCCCCCAAAAUCGCAGGGGGCUUCGCUGUGACCCCGGCGCUGGGAUGGCAGCGGGACAGUCGCACCGCGGCGGGACGGCGGGACGGUUCCCAGCCGAGGUGGUGGCUGGAGUGCUCCGGGGGGAUCCAGCCAGGGCGUUUGCCAGUCGCUUUGUUGCUGCUGGGGGAUUUUUUACUUUUUUUUUCAGGAUUAUUAUUAUUAUUUUGAAAGGGAGGGUGAGGAGAGGGGGCUGACACUGACUAUAAAGGCAGAGCUCCCUGGAGCAGCCGGCACUUCCCCGCCACCAUGAGCCCUCCCCGGGCCUGACAACCCCAGCCUGCCCCACUGUCGCCGGCUCAAGCUGCCCUGAAGUGUGGCUGUGUGUCCGAAGCUCGUGUUGGGAUGGUGUGAGCCCGCAGCCGGUCGUCGCCCUCCCACCACCCCUCACCGGCUCUGGCAGGAGCCGAGCCCGCCAGCCGCUUGGAUGAUUUGAUUUCUGCCCUGUCCGACAUCACUCCUGCCCAGAUGCAGUGGAUAAUAUUCAUGUUGCUGUUAUUCAUCAGCUCCAUGGAAAUGCUCCCGCAGAACCGGUGGAAGAAGCAAGCGAGUGCUGGCCUGCUGGAGAACUGCACGGGCUGCGUCCUGUGCUCUGAGGACAACGGCUGCAUCACCUGCCACCACCGGCUCUUCCUGCUUAUCUGGAGAGACGGCAUCCGCCAGUACGGGAUGUGCGUGCACACUUGUCCCCCAGGCUACUUUGGUGUGCGGGGUCUGGAGGUCAACAGAUGCACAAAGUGCAGGUCGCCCAGCUGCGAGAGCUGCUUCAGCAGAGACUUCUGCAUGAAGUGCAAGGACAAGUUUUACUUGUACAAGGGCCAGUGCUUUCGGCAGUGUCCCGCCGGCACUGCGGCACAGCCCGGCACCCGCGAGUGCCAAGAGACGUGCGAGCCGGGCCCGUGGAGCGAGUGGAGCGCCUGUACCCACGAGAGCCGGACCUGCGGCUGCAGGUGGGGUGUGGAGACGCGGGUGCGGGAGGUGCCCGAGGCUGCCCGAGAGGAGGGCACCGCCUGCCCCGCGCUGCUGGAGACCAGGAGGUGCCGCAUGAAGAAGCACUGCCCGGGAGCAGACACGCUGCAGGGUCUGUCCGGGCGGUGCGUGCGCGGGUGCAGGGCUGGCGAUGGGAACCAGGACGUGGCUGAUGUCAUUUUUGGAUGCAGGCGUCUGGACUGAAGCUGCCCUAAUAAAUCUCCACUUAAUAACUGGCAGAAAGGGGGAUGCAUGAGAUACCGAUGGGAAGUGCCUGGCAGCAGAUCUGAGCCACCGAGGGUUGCGGUUCGGAGCUGCGGGAUCACUGCGCCGUGGGAUGAGCUGGCCGGCACCGCCAGCGUGGCGGGAUCAGAGAGGACAGGGCUCUGAGGGUGGAGAGAAAAAGGAUGAAGAAGGGGGGCAGCGGCAGAGGACGUGCGUGCUGGGCGAGGGCCACAGAGCCAGGAGAGAGGUUUCAUCCCAGCAGCAUCAAUCAUAAGUAAUAUUUUCCUGCUGACAGUGCAAAGGAGCUGAUUCCCUUCCCCACCCAGGUCUCAACUCACGUCUUUGGGGUGCCAGGUGGCUUCGAUUUUGAGGAUGUUCUCCUCCCUGCUGGUGUGUGGCAGCUCCAGACCCGCAGAGCUGGUGACAGUUUGAUGCAAGAAAUUUAAUGUGGGAGGACAGGCUGCUCCGGAGCACUGUGUCCUGGAGCACUGUGCCCAUGCCCUGCCCUGACUGGCACACAGCAGGUCCCACUGGCAGGGACUGCUGUGCCAGUAUUUCAGGGGCACCUCAUCUUGUGAAGUUACUGAGAAGGCACUGGCACCCCAGAAAAGUGCUUGGCCUCCUGUCUCUGCCUGCAAGCUGGAAGCUGUGGGGCUACGGUGGUGGGCUUAGGGACUGGCAGGACUCUACUCUUGAGGCUCCUAUCUGGGAUCAGCUUCAGGGACAGGCCUGUCCCCUGCCCACCAGAAGGAAUCCAUGAAUGCCCCCCAAGCAACCCACUCAGGAGAGAGCAGCCCCUCUGUGUCUCCCACUCCUGGGCAGGCUGUUGGGAGUCCCUGCCACGGCAGAGCGUGUGUCUGCCCUCGCUCCCAGGCUCCUGCCCGCCUGGCCAAGUGCUGGGUUAUGGGAUCCAGAUGCUGGAGGAGGACGAGGAGUUCACUUGAUGCAUCUGAGACACCCCCAGCCCAGGCGAGCCAGGGCAGGCAGCCGAACCCGACCGUGUGAUGAGAGAUUUGUGCCACCACUUCUGAGCCAUCCAGGCGGCUGGAAGGGAAAAGCUGCCACGCUUGGCUGUGGCACAAACCCCUCACACUGCUGUAAAUCUGCCUUGGGUGUCUGUCCCGCUCUCCAGACGCUUGGCGUGCGUGCCGUGCCCUCUCCUUUGUGGGUGGCAACUGUCUGGAGAUCAGAGCUGAGAAAAAGGGUUUCAGAGCCAGGCAGGACAAGAACUGGAGCCCUCAGAAGGGACUGGGGACAACAGUGCUGGCACACACAGCACCAGGGACAGUCAUGGUCCCUUGUGCCCCUCACACCACUGAGCCCCCCUCCAUGUGACUCUAACUGGAGUGGGUGCAGGGGGGCAAGGACCGACAAAGCUGCCCAGUUUUUGGGGCAACCAUUCUGAUCUGUAGCAUGGACUCCCCCUCCCAGUGGAGCCCACAGCUCAGCAGGGUUUAUCCCAAAUCCCUGUUUCUUUGGUGUCUCAGCACCAGCACCUCGGCCAGCUGGAGGGUGUGUGGCAGCUUCUCGGGGUGAGCAAAGGUUUGGGUCCCAGCAGCCUGACCCUGGCACACUGUCAGGGGGUUGAUUGGGGAUGCAGCCAGGCUCCACCAGCACGUUGGUUGUGCCACUGGGAUGGGGACCAUCCUCACAUGGAGGGCAUCCACAGGGAGAGAGAAUCAGCACCUAUGUAAGGAUGCACUCCAAAGCCACCUUGCUCCCCACCACGCCCAAAUCCUCCCAGGGACUGUCUGGAUCCCAUGGUGGUGGGCAGGUUCCCACACCAUGGCAGAGCUGAGCACAGCUGUGCCAUGGCUUUGGGGGGUUGGUGCAGCCACUGCCCCUCUCCAGCACCCACAGUCCUUGCUCAGAGAGGAGCUGGGGUGUCUCCAGGCAGCUUUUGCUUGGGUUGAGCUGCCCCACCGCAUUCCUAGGGAUUUUGGGGUACCAGGUCUGAGAGUCCAGCUAUGGGAGAUGUGGGGACAACACACCAGAGUCCCUCUGCCCAUGCCAUCAGCACACCCAGACCCCCCCACAGACCCACACUGCUGUUUCAUGACCAGGAGAGGGCUCUGGGGUCCCCAAAAUCAGCAACUGGGUCCAGCACUAACACCCUGAGGAUAUGGGAUCAACAUCCCAUGGAUGGGGCUCAGGUCAGAUCACGUUUCCUGGCCAAUGAGCGAGAGCUUCUUUUCUUCUCCUUUUUCUGUUGCAGAGAAAACCGAACCCAAAAAUAAAGGCAAAAAGCGACAGAAGAAGCCGAAGACAGAAAGGCACACGGGCACCUAGUGGGCACCAGCGCGGGAGCUGGGGCACCGUGGAAGGAGCUCCCAGCCAACUCCUGCCACGGUGCUCCAGCCACAUCACCCCUGGUUUUCCAUCUACCAAAAGAAAAAAAAAUUGCACAAUUUUCUCUGCCACCCCAUCCCCCUUUCCUUUUGAGACAAUUUAUGGCGUGUAAAACAUUUCCUCUUCAGAAAAUCUAAUUUGCAAUGUCCAAAGCAAAGCCCUAGGGCUUGGGGAGGGGGUGGCUCCUUUAUUCCUCUGGUCUUCCCUCUUCCCUAGCCUGCUCCAUCCCUUCCUCCAGAUGGGUGGGAUGGGGUUAGACUGGGGUUGGACCCUGCUAAUGAAGCUGAUGCCUGCCUAGAUACUGUUCCCCAGGGCUGGGAGAUGCCCUGGCUCCACAGGGUCCUGGUUUUAUGAGAGUGCUGAGGGGCACAGUGCACCACUGAGCUGCUCCAGGUGCUGAAAAGUGUCCCCCAUCCUCAGCCACAGGAAUGGGAAGCAGCAGGACUCCUGGGGUGACCCCACUGGGGACUGUGCCAUUGCCCACAGCAGCCUAGCUGGGUGUUCAGCAUCCCCACUAGCACAACCCGGGGCCAAAUCCUGCUCUCCUGGGGCUCGGAGGGCAGCUGGACCUCCAGACUGACAACCCUUCUUGGGAUCAUGCCAGCCCAGCACACAGCACCCUCAUGGGCCAAAUCCUGUCUUCCUCGGGCUCACAGAGAAGCUCAAAGAGCUUCUCUCCCAGCUGGAUGUGGGCACAGGAAUUUGGGGUGACUAUGUCUGUCUAGGACAGGGACAUGCACAGUGCAAGUGCAAGCCCAGGAAGGGGAUGCUCCUACGUCCUGCAUCCCCAAACUGGGAUGUGUUGAAAGCAGCUCUGCAACCCCUCCCGGCCAUCACCAGGGUGUGACCGUGGGGUGCUGAGCCCGGGCGUGCCAGUCUGUCCCUCCCUGCCGCGCUGUGUGCCCAGGAACAGAGGGCUCUGUCGGGAUAUAUACCGUGUGUGUGCUUAAAUCGCUGUCCAGCCGCAGGCAGCUCUGCGUUUGGGCAUUGCCGAGGUGCCAACUCCCCGUCCCCACCCUGAGCGUGAGCAGGGAGGGAGAGGCCGGGGCUGGCCGGGGGUGUCGAGGCUGCGGGGGCUGCACAGACCCUUCAGGACGGGAGCGCUGGGUGUCAGCACCGAGCCGGCCCCAGAGCCGGCACAAAGCUCCGGAGCACCUCCUCCCAUCGCUUCAUGACAAAUAAAUGGAUUAAACCCCCGG